UUUCCAAUAAUUUUGUAACUAUCACUGAUCUCAGUGUUACACAUUGCUUCUGUGUGACGAGAAAUUACUGUUAAUCUUGCUUGGAAGCAAGGUUUACAGACUGCGAGGGCACCAGCUUGAAGUAGACCGUAGCUGAAUUGGUUCGGUCCAGUCGAUUUGGUCGAUUUCGCACUGCGUCUAAAGAAAAUCGGAAAAAUGUCGAAGAGGAAUCAAGGGGACGAAUAUAGAAAAGGGUCAAGUGUCUACAGAGCAGAGGACUCGAGGGGCGACAGCAACAGGGGAAGGGAUCGUUCGCCACUUAGAUCGGACGACCGUUGCGAAGCCGAUGAUUACAGUCAGAGCGAUGCAAAGAAACAGAAGUUGGCUUUUGGAUUCGGGAAGAAAAGUGGGGUGGAACAGAAAAAGGGCAUCCAGAUAAAGUUAGGCUCGACAUCGAAACCGACGGUAAAAGCAACGCCUGUUCAGAGGCCAACAGUGGCAUCCGUGUUCAAUGCAGACGAGGACGAUGAGCCCGAGGAGAUGCCGGCAGAGGCGAGGAUGAGGAUGAGAAAUAUUGGGAGAGAAACGCCGACUUCGGCCGGGCCGAACUCAUUUGGUAAAACGAAGCAAGGAUUUUGCGACUCCAAAAAGAUAUUCGAGAAAACGCUGAAGAAAGCGAUGGAAGAAGCGAAUAAAUGAUUUCUUCCUUAAUGUAUCCGGCAAUUAUUGUUAACUGUAUAUUAAUUUUAUGAGAAGAGAAAUGCAACAACACGGCGGGAUUCUUGCUACAGUUAUACGCAAAAUAUUUUUAUCAAUUUCUUCUCAGUGGUAAAAAUUAGAUAAUUAAACCUUCGUAUAUCUAAUGUCGCAACUUCAGAAUUAAGUAAUUAGCUAUUUCAUUUAGCGUUAGCUGAUGUUAAGACUGCACAUGACGUGUACUACUUUCUUUGUGAAUCAGGAGUAAAAUCAUAUUGUGUAAACUUUUACAUUGUUUAUUAACAUUGUAUUCAUUUUUCAAUCACGCAAUGAUAAGUUAAAAGAAGUAGAGGUUCUUUAGAAACCUCAGGAAAGUUAUAAAAUAAUUUAUCUUGUAACGUGUAGAAUAAAUAAUAU